AGCUGAAAUUGUACAAUGCAUCGAAGCAGGAAGUGCAAGAACUGCAGGAAACCCCACUUCAGGGAUCACAGCUGAUUGCGUGGAGCGGACCCGCCGCCCGGCGAUGGAAGCUAUGCAGUGAAUCACUGUUUCUUUCUCGAAUCAAUCCCUCUUUUAUUCCAUUCUCACUUCUCCUUCAACUCCCAUUCUCUUAUUCUCUCUUUCUCUCUCUAUACACACACACACACAUUGCUCUCUGUCUUUCUAUACAUACGCGAACAUACAUUACAUUCACCUGCUGUUCGGUGUUCAUUCUAGAGUAAUUUUGCAAUUUUCUGCUCCGAAAUGCUUAAUUUAGAGCAUUACUUCACGAGUUUGGCCGUGGUUAAUGAUGAUAUGCACCGGAAGAAUGUGCAUUUGAUCGGUGGGUUAUUUCUAGAAGAAUCGGCUCCGGCGUCAUUCGUUGCAUUGAUUUCUCCGAAGAAUAAUUGUUUCUCGGCGACGGUUUGUUGUUCUUUUAGGAGGAGUCGCCGAAGGGGGGUGGUCGGCGGGAGGCGGCGGGGAGGGUUCUCGUCAGUGACGUUGUCGUCGGUUAAUGAUGAUGGUGGUGGGAGCUACGGUGAGGAGUUAUCUGUUAGUAGUGUUUUGGGGAACGUAGGGGAAAAGAUUGGGGACAGUGAAAAUGAGGGUGAGAGUGAAAAGGUGGCGUUUAAGGAAGUUAGGGGCACUUUGAACACUGCUAAGCAUCUCUGGGCGGGUGCUGUUGCUGCCAUGGUUUCGAGGACUUUUGUUGCUCCACUGGAGAGAUUGAAGCUGGAAUAUAUAGUCCGUGGUGAAAAGAGGGAUCUUUUUGAGCUCAUUAAGUCAAUAGCAGCUUCGCAAGGAAUUGUAGGAUUUUGGAAAGGAAAUUUUGUCAAUAUUUUACGAACAGCACCAUUUAAGGCUAUCAAUUUCUAUGCUUAUGAUACAUAUAGAAAUCAAUUGCUCAGAUUGUCUGGCAACGAUGAGACAACAAAUUUCCAGAGGUUCCUUGCCGGUGCUGCAGCUGGAAUUACUGCUACAGUUCUCUGUAUACCUAUGGACACUAUCAGGACUGUCAUGGUAGCUCCUGGAGGGGAAGCCCUUGGUGGAUUAAUUGGUGCUUUUCGCCACAUGAUCCAGACUGAAGGGUUCUUUUCUCUGUACAAGGGCUUAGUUCCCUCAAUCAUUAGCAUGGCACCCUCUGGUGCUGUUUUUUAUGGAGUUUAUGAUAUAUUAAAAUCUGCAUAUCUGCAUUCCCCAGAAGGAAGAGAAAGGCUUCAACAUAUGAAGCAACAAGGUGAUGAAUUGAAUGCCUUGGAACAACUCGAGUUGGGUCCUAUCAGAACUUUAAUAUAUGGAGCAAUUGCCGGUGCAUGUUCUGAAGCUGCUACUUACCCAUUUGAAGUCGUGAGAAGACAGCUUCAGAUGCAAGUGCGUGCCACAAAGAUGGGUGCAUUGCAAACUUGUUUGAAGAUAGUUGAGCAAGGCGGCAUUCCAGCACUAUAUGCUGGAUUAGUCCCAAGUUUAUUACAGGUAUUACCAUCAGCUGCCAUUAGUUACUUGGUGUAUGAGUUCAUGAAGAUAGUUCUGAAAGUGGAAUAAAAGUAAGAGGAGCAAAACCCCUCUCGCGUUUGCUUAUGAAAACCCAUGCUAGUUGAUACUGACAAGAUGGGCUGGUCUCCCUAGAAGGAAAAAUCGACGACAUUUCUUGAUGUCUCUUCAUAUUCUCAGCAAAAGGAUACUGAUUUACAUAACCCACAAAUCCCAGAUUAGAGAACGUUCAGGGCUUUUCUGUCUCUUCUAUUUCUUAUUACUUAUUGCAUCUAAAUUUUUUGUGCAAAUUUAACUUGAUCAAGUAGCUUAUUCCCUGCAGCUUCUAUAAUCUCCACCUGUGUGUGUGAAUGCAAUAGUUGGGAUUCAAGUUUGGAUAGAAUUGCAGGUGAAAUUAUUAUGAGAGGAAUAUUUAUGUGGAUGCAGUUGUUAAUUAUUUUGAAACUGCCCACCUUGAAGCGAAUUUUCUAUUUCAAUUAA